GUAUCGUCGACAUCCGGCCACUUAACUGACGCAGUAAUGUUCCUAGGGCAGUGUUUUACUCUCCGAAAUAGUGCAGUUGUUAUUAUGCAGAUGCUUUGUUGACAUAAUACUACUCAGUCUACUCGUAUGUGUGGGAUAUUUAUGUUUUUCCAUAAUCACAGGAAUAUACUUUCCAUUAUACGUCAGUCUGAAAAUUCGGGAUUGUUUGUAGCCUUUCUAAUUUGUGUCUGCAUUACACCGCUGCAGCAUCGGUUGACGUAUAAUAACCUAUAUUUUUCCAAUUGUUGAAAUGGUCACGUUGAUUUUUCUUCGUUUGUCGAAACUUUUCUGGCUUCUAAUCCUCGGAUGCAAUGCUCAAUUUGGCCAGCCGGACUUUUGGGAUCGUUUCCCGGACAUAUGGAGAGGCCUAGGCAAUAUUCGUCCCGGCUUCGCCAAUCAAGCGCACGAUAUUCAACGACAGAGCCGAUUUGACGAAUGGAAAAAUUCCAGCCGAAAAAUUCCCGACACCGGCAGCCAAAGUUUUUACGAUACCAUUCAUAAUCUGUUCUCCAGUGCGCAUGAUACUACCACCGACGGGAAUCUUCGCAAUGCCAUGAUAUCAUUAGGAGCAAUUGGCACUAUGCAACCACAAGCCGGACGUGGGCAGUUUUCCUUUUCCAGCCUUUUUCCAGAAUUUCGAGCACCGGCAGCUUCUCGCGACUGGUGGAAUGGACCAAAUGUAUGUGUGGAGAGAAAAGAGGAAAACUUGUUGGCGAAUAUCACUCUUGAUAAAUCUGGAGCGGACAGUACGAAUCGGGAUGGAGACUUCUUUGGCCACAGUAUGCAUAUUAACUCCUGCAGUCAUUCUAAUGCACACGACAAUGACGCUUACACUUGCGCAACGGAAAUCAAGAAACCGAAUUUUCACCGGAAAUAUCUGGUUAAAUAUCAUUGUUGUUAUGGAUUUAUUCGAGAAAACAAAGGUUAUGGAUGCACAAAAACCAUCCCGAUGACCAACCUAAUGGAAACGUUGGAUAAUCUGAAACUGACUCAGUUUAAAAAAUUUGUCCAAGAUUUCGGACUGCACACGUACUUAGAAGGAAGUAACAUUACCGUAUUUGCACCAACGAACGAGGCUUUUGACGAUUACAGUAGCAUGAGCAACGAAAUUACGUCAUCAAAACCAAACGAUUUUCGGACGGUUAUCCAGAGCCACAUUGCAUCCGGUCUGAUUCGGAGUAGCGAUUUCAUAGACGAGGAAAUCAUCAACACACUGAGCCAGUCGGCCAUUCGUAUCAACUUAUUCGCUACACCGGAUCAUGUUCUGACGGCCGAUUGUGCGCGUGUCGUUUCCCUGAACAAUCUGGCCAAGAACGGCGUAGUGCACAUUGUCGACAAGGUCAUCCAGCCGGUGUUGAUGAACUUGGAGGCGGCCUUGCGUGCCGACGGACGCUUUAAUACGCUACUGCAGUUACUGUCCGACGCCGGCUUGCUGGACUUGCUAAGGGACGCAAAAGGUCACAUGACCAUUCUUGCCCCGACCGACGACGCCUUCCGCCUCCUAGAGCGGAAUGUCAGGAACAGGCUGAGCGAAGACAGUGCUUGCUUAAAGCGUGUUCUGCAGAAUCACAUUCUGCCCAAUGUGAUCUGUUCAGCUGUUAUUGAGCGCACCGCCAUGACCACCAAUAUCAUUAACAAGGUGAUCCGCUUCGACCGUGACAUUGGCCAUCUGACUGCACAAAAUCAGACCAUUAUUUCGCCGGAUAAUAUGGCAACCAAUGGAAUGUAUCACGUUUUAGACGGCCUUAUCAUUCCCGAAGAAGCAAGGAACCUGCAACAAAUUGCAGCGGACGCUGGUCUGGAUGCAUACAUGGCACUAGUGAAGGAAACGGGCUUCGGUAGCACGUUGGACCAGAUGCACAAUGUCACCUUGUUCGUGCCCAGCGAUCGAGCCUUCCACCGGCAAUCACAGGACACGCAGCAACAGCUGGCAUCGGCGGCCGUCGAUGUGCUCAAGUACCAUGCUGUUCAGCCAGCUGUGCUGCUGUCGAAUUUCAAGGACAACCUGGAAAUGCAGUCGGCCUUCGACGGCAACAAACUGCGCAUGAAUGUUUACGAAACGUUUCCCUUCGGAAGGAACGUCAUAACAGUUAACUGCGUCAAAAUCUCAGUAGCCAAUCUCCGUGGAUGCGAUGGAACGAUCCAUGUUCUAGAGAAGAUCUUGACGAUGCCCAGUGGAAAUGUUCUGGAUACACUGCUCAAGGGAAAUUUCUCCAAAUUCCUGGGUGCAGUUGAGAGUGCCAGCUUGACCAGUGUGCUGACCGCAAGAGGACCUGUAACCGCCUUCGCACCAACGAACUCCGCGUUCGAUGCGCUACAACCCGAUGAACAACAACAGUUAUUUUCCAAUACAACUUUGCUGAAAUCCGUUAUACAAUUACAUCUUUUUCCUCGUCAAAUUUGUUGCGCUGGAAUCAUGGAGGAUAGUAUGUUUUUUGGACAGUACAGUCGCUCUUUGAAUCCGACCUAUUCUUUGCCACUUCAUCGGACACGAUACGGACAAAUUAAAAUUGCCGGCUCAAAUGUUCAGAAAUGCGACAUCAUCGCAUCAAACGGGAUAAUUCAUUCCAUUGACAAAGUAAUCUUUCCUAAAAAUUUUUUGUGAAAAUACUUUAAACACUCGCAUUGUCUUGAAUGCAUUCUGUGCUGUUAACUGGUUUUGGGGAAAAUAUUGCUGUAGAAAAUCGUAAUAAGAUUUCGCACAAAUGUGAAUUAUGUGAGCGUACAGAAAUGCUGAACUGUAGAUAAACUAGGAAAAAACGUAAGCUCAUUAAAUUAAGCUACUAUC